AUGGUCACUGGUUUCUACAAUACUGAUGUCCGAGAUGUCCUCAACAUUUUCGAGCCGGACUUCAACCAUUGCUUACCCGCCACCACAAUACUGCUGCUCGGGGUACUUAAGAACCGGAGAAGGACCCGCCUCAAAGCCAGAAUCGACAGCAUGGACACUUGGAUGGGAAACUAUUCCUUCCGAUCUCUGGAGGAUCACAUUCACAAUAUGACUCCGAAGGUGUGGCAGGCCAAGGAGACUAUCGACGCGACGUUGCAUCCUGGUCGGGAGCGACACUUCGUCCCAUUUGCUGCUGGCGCCAGCGCCGGUGUGCUCAAGAUUUCGUCCAUGCAAUGGGAGGAUGUCCGACAGAGCAUCGGGGUCUACCACUCAGUGCAUCGUACCAAGCAAGUCGGAGUUCCUGGAUUGGUAACCAUCAGCACAAUACAUCAGUUUUCGAAUAGCGAAGCAUGGGGUGCCAGGUGGAGGUCCAAGGGGUGGCAGACCUCGGGGGAAUACUUGACAAAGGAACUCAAAGCUGAGAUAUGCGUUAGGGUUUCACGUGCAACGGUUCUAAGGCAAGUGUUAGAUACCUCAUAUGCAGAUGCGAAUAUCCAAAUCAAGAAUACUAGAUGGAAGGGCUCUUGCAUAACAUGA